UGCCGGUGAUUAAUGAGUAACUUAGGGAACUAAAGCAGGAGGGUGUGGAGGUCUUCCUAUAGAGAAAUAAAGUGACGCCAGUCUGAGCCAACUUCUCACAAACCGACACUGAUUGCUUAAAUACUCACAGAACGGCAUAAACUUCAGAUUUGACCAUUUCAAGGAGAUGACUGCGCUAAUGACCACUUUACCGGCAUUGAAGCCCUGAGUUUUUGUUUGCUGUCAUGAACUCCAUCAGCAGCUUGUCUUCUCACACCAUCUGUCUUUGUAUACUGCUGUCAGUGUGUCUUCCUGGCUCAAGUGCCUCUGUCGAUUCCAGCCUGUGGGGUAAGAAGAUACCUUUCAGUAGCCGUCCAUGCAUGUGGCAGCUAAAACCAGGUACUGUGGUGCCAGCCCUUAAGGAACUGAGUGUAUGUAUGCUUUUACGCCUCAGCUAUGGGACAGAAUGGACAGGAUUUGUCUACAAAGCACAAGGUAAAAGUCAGAUAGAGCUGGGACUUCGGGGCGGAAGUGGGCGUCUGGCAGCAUGGCUGUUUGGAAAAGAGCAGCGCUUUAAAUCGGAACUGAAACUGCAGGAAUGGUACUCCGUCUGUCUCACUUGGUCCGGCCAAGUUCGCAGACUUCGGGUCUACAUAAAUGGAACCAGACAGCAUGAGGUCUCUCUCUCCGCCCUACCCCAGCAGCUGGCCCAGAAUGGGACUCUCACUCUGGGGGUGUCUCAUUAUGUGGAUCCAAAUGGGGAAAUAAAGGCAGAAAGUGGGAAUAAUUUGCUUGGUGAGAUCAGUCAGUUCAGGAUGUGGUCCAGAGAAUGGAGCGCUGAGGAGCUGAGCGAUCAGAACUGUGUAGACGGAGACGUGAUGAGCUGGGACACGAAGCAGUGGAAAUACAGCUGCCCUCCUGAGCCUGACAAGACCCUAUUUUGUGCGUGGCCGUUCUAUAAAAUCAGAAUGUGGACAUCCAUACUUCAAUCCACCAGGUCUGAAAAUUGCUCCGUAUCACCGGAGGAACUCACAAGAAACUGGCUGGAUAGCAUUUUCCCUUUCAACAUUUCUGUCCGUGACAUCAUUGUGUCAUCCCCAAGCAGUUCCUGCCAUGAGGGAUCAGGAGCUUUAUCAGUCUCCACCUGCGAUAAGUGUUUCAGCUGCGAAGUCUAUGUGGAAGUGGAUCCUGCUGCUAAUGUAGGAGACGUUCAGGUGAACAUUGCCACGUUACUGAGUUUGAACUUCUCUAACAGCUUUCUCAACGUGACAUCUGACCCUAAUAGUAUCAGCAUAAUACCUGUGGAGUCAUUCCCUGUGGUGUCAGAGCCACCACCAACUGCCAGCAUUGCUGUAAUUUCAUCAGGUCCAACUCAAAGUGCGCCAACUCAUCCUGCUAAUAUAUCAACAACAAGAGAGCCAUUAGAAAUCAACAAGACUGCCGUUGCACCUGAUACGUUCUUCAGAGUUAACAUGACCUUGAGUAUAACCGGAAGCCCCACAAAACCACAGGACAUUAUUGAGAAAUGGGUAAAAGAGAAGCUGGAGGUGAAUGACACCAUGGUUGUACUGAAUCUCAUCACACAGGAGAAUGUAGACAGGAACAUGGACCAGUACAGUGGACUGAUGAUUUUCCAAGGCCAACAAAAACACAGAUAUUACUGCACCUUCCAUGUUCAGGAAUACAACAUGAACAGUGUGGCAGAAAUCAAAACUUUUAUUCAUGCUGCCUUAACAUCAAAGUAUCAAAACAACUCCCUUACUGUUCAUACUAUGGAUGUGGCGAUCAAGCACAUAGUGCCAGAAAACUGUUUAGAAGAAACUACUUCAACAAUCUAUGGACAGUAUAUUUGGCCUGAAGCAUUUCCACAAGUCAACCAAGAAAUGGGAUGCAAAGAGCCCAUAUCAGAGAGAGCCUACAGGCUUUGUAAGUUAGACAUAGAAACUGACACGACCAGUUGGGCUCAUUCUGAUAUGACAAACUGCAACCCACUCAUGAAAAUAUCAGACCUGGACAAUAUCACCGUCACUGCUGGUAAUGCGGCUGAGGUUGUGGACGCGAUUCAGGAACUUGUAGAUGUUCAGUUGGGUACCAGUCCAGCGCUCCCUACCUCCGAUCUGGAUAGAGUGGUGGAGAAGCUCAGGGAAGUGGCCAAUAUCAGCAAGAUCAAACCUGCUAUCGGUGCCAUUAUUGUCAGUAUUGUUUCAGAUAUCCUGCUUUCCAAAACUAACGUCAAAGGGGUGGCUAACACUGUCCUUGUCCUGACAGAGACAAUGGGAAACAAUAUGGACUUCCAAGAUGAAUCUAUCAGUAUAACAGCACCCUUGCUGGCCCUGUCCAUGGUCAACAUAGAUCCAGAUGAGUUCAAUGGCCUCACCUUCGGCGUGUCCUCCAACGAUUCAACCCUGAACCCAAAGAUUUUUCUCACCCAAGGCUUUGUUAGUGAACCUCUCCCUGACACAGACGCUACCAUCUCUUUGCCCUCUGCACUCUACAACUUUUUUAGCUUCCUUCCCGGAAAAAGGAAAGAAAUCCGCGUGCAGUUUAAUUUUUAUGGAACACAAAAACUUUUUCAGGACCCGCUCACAACCAAUUCAACUCACUGCAACUGGACAUUGAAUUCCCAUAUAGUAUCUGCCAGCAUCAAUAACAGCCAAGUCAGCAACCUAAAGGAUCGAGUUGUGGUGACCCUCAACAAUCAAAUACCCAAACGACCAGAAGACAAGGUACAGUGCAUGUUUUGGGAUUUCCACAAAAAUGGCGGGCAGGGUGGCUGGAGCAGCAGAGGUUGUGAGACCUGGAGUAUUUCUCCCUAUCGUACCAGCUGUCUCUGUGAUCAUCUCACACAUUUCGCUGUGCUCAUGGAUAUAUCCAAAGCCCCUCUCAGUGAAGCUGACAGUAAGAUCCUGACAGUGAUCUCAUAUCUUGGUUGUGGUAUAUCCUCCAUAUUUCUGGGCAUCACUCUUCUCACCUACCUUGCUUUUGAGAAGCUGCGUCGAGAUUAUCCAUCUAAGAUACUCAUCAGCCUGUCAGCUGCCCUGCUGGGGUUGUGCAUGCUCUUCCUUCUCAACUCCUGGCUCUCCUCCUUCUCCAACUACGGUCUUUGCAUAGCCACUGCUGCAACACUACACUACUUCCUACUGGCUUCUUUCACCUGGAUGGGCCUGGAGGCCUUGCAUAUGUACUUCGCACUGGUCAAGGUCUUCAAUACCUAUGUCCCUUCCUACAUCCUCAAGUUCUGUGCUGUAGGAUGGGGUAUUCCUUUAAUCAUAGUCAGCCUGGUGCUGGCCAUAGAUAAAAAUGCAUAUGGCAGCAUUGCACCUGAAGAGGCUGCUGUAGUGCUUCAGUCCACUGAGCAAUUUUGCUGGCUGCAGAAUGACGUCUUCUUCUACGUGACGGUGGUGGUGUUUGUUCUUCUGAUUCUGUUGUGCAACGUUUCUGUGUUCAUCGUGGUUCUGCUCCAGAUCAGACAGAUGAGGGCCAAUAAGGUGUCAGAAAACAGCCGCAGCUCUCUGCGGGACUUGAAGAUGGUGGCCAGCCUCACAGUCCUCUUGGGCCUGACGUGGGCAAUGGGCUUUUUUUCAUUUGGACCAGGCAGAGUGGUCCUGAUGUACCUGUUCACCAUCUUCAACAGUUUUCAGGGAUUCUGUGUUUUUGUGUUCCACUGUUUGAUGAAGGAAAAUGUGAGGAAACAGUGGAGAAUCCACUUGUGCUGCGGACGUUUCCGACUCAGUGAUUACUCAGACUGGAGCCGCACUGUGACGGUGGGUGGUCCCUGCAAAAAGAACAAUCUUGUUAACUCUGACUCAGUCGCUUCUGACAGCACAUCUGCCAUCAGGAAGAUUUCAGACUCCUCGGCAGGAUCAGCACCAAACCACCGGAAGGCAUGAGCUGGCUUCUGAAUGUGCCAUUAUGUACUGCUCUCUCUCUCUUUCAAGGUCCAUCACUGUCAUAUCACACACUGACAGCAGAAAAUCAAACAGCUCCAUGUCUGUUUCAGCACUCCUGCACCUUUCAUUAAAAUCAGCCAUGAAAAGCAAAUGCUGCACUGACUGUUCUGAAAAGUACACAUUAAACGCAAGAUGCCCUUGUCUUCAAGAACCAUAUAACCACUUUCACUGUUCAGUUGACUCCUGCUUGGAAAAAAAAGAUUUUGUGUUUGUAAAUUUUUAACAGUUAAUUAAUGAAUACUUGUAAUGUUGCAUGCGUAGCAGUUAUGAGUUUUCCAUUUACGUGCAAUGAGAAUGACUGAAUAUGUAAUAAUGAACUGUUUUCAUCACAUGAGGAAUCUUUAGUGCUCAUAUUUCCUUUAAGGAAGCUUUUCAAAGGUGUUCUCACUGUCAUUCAUCACCAAAUAUUGCUUUGCAUUUUGUCUAUCUAUAUUGUGUGUGUCUGAAGAUUGAUUUUGAAGAUUAAACCUUUGAGCAUGUUUUCUAUUUUCUCUGACUGGGGACCGUACAUAGUGUGUGAAAAUCAGAUAUUUAUUUUCUCCCAUCAAAGUGCUUUAAAAAAAUAUCAUAGCAUUGAAAUCCUAUUAUCAUUUGCUCACAUAAGACACAGUUUCAUUACAGUAAGUGAAAAAGAAGGAGGAUGUACCAGGGU